GUUUUUAGGUACUCCAUUUUUUCAUUCAAUGGUUGCAAGAGCACAAACAUCAAAUUCUGAUAUAUCUGUUCUGAUGGAUUCAAAAACCAUUCUUUUGCCGGACUUCUUUUCAACAUUAAGUUAUGUUCAUAAACUUGACCAUGAUUGGCUCCUCAUUGCUUCAUCAAGAAAUGUUUCAAGUUUCCCAUUUCAGUUGGAUGUAGAGGGAAUACAUUGGCUAGGGGACAAUGGUGAAAGGGUUAUACCUAAAAAGUUGCAGGACUAUCUUUUUCGUGAGCGGUGGGAAUAUUGUGAUGACAAGAACAUCAUUAUGGCAUGGAAUAAUGGAGACCUUCCUUUGCAUAACGGCGUUCUUCCUCCGUUUUUAUAUGGAAAAGGUCUUUACACCUGUUGGAUUAUUAACGAGGCUUUGUCCUCUAACUUUAGGUUCGUAUUUGAUGCGAGUUGGACUAUCUCAAGUUUCUUGGUAAGUGAUGAUGAUGAAGUAAGAAAGUGGGAGAAUGUUGGAAAUUCCCAUUUGGGAGCUUCCUAUGGAUCAUUGUUCUUUCACGAAGUCAGUUAUUUCAAUCUGAUCAAACUUUUCAAAUGUAACGGACACUAUUAUUUUGGGAAAACUAAAGAGGACAUUAUUUAUCCAUUUGGAUCCCGUGAAGGAUUAAGCUUCAGUACUUUGGGGGUAUUUAGAUUGAGUAAGCACAAGAAACUUUUGAGUUGUUUCGAUAAGAUAAAAUCACUUGAGAGAAAGGAAGGCUUCUCAAAAAGGAAUCAGUUGAUGUCAUCAGAGCCAUUAGCCCUUCCAUUCUCUAUAGAGCUUCUAUUAUCCAAACAGGCUGACCAGAAUAAGACUAUCGUGUUAGCAGUUGCAGGAUAUAGUUAUAAAGAUAUGCUAAUGAGUUGGGUUUGUAGGCUACACGCUCUUCACGUUAUAAACUUUGUUGUUUGUGCUCUUGAUGAUGAGACAUACGAUUUCUGUGUCUUGCAGGGAUUGCCUGUUUUUAGGGAUAGAUUAGCUCCAAGCAACAUCAGCUACAAUGACUGCCACUUUGGAACAAAUUGCUUUCAAAAGGUAACAAAAGUGAAAUCGAGGAUAGUUUUGGAAUUUCUGAAGCUGGGCUAUAACUUACUAAUGAGCGACGUUGAUGUCUAUUGGUUUAAGAAUCCUUUACCACUGCUUACCACUUUUGGCCCCGCAGUUUUCGUGGCUCAGUCGGAUGAGUACAAAAUCACAGGUCCGAUAAAUUUGCCUCGUCGCCUAAACUCGGGAUUUUACUAUGCUUAUUCUGAUAGUACAACAAUUGCUGCUUUAGAGAAGGUGGUGAAGCAUGCAUCUUUUUCAAAUCUUUCAGAACAGCCAAGCUUUUACGAUACAUUGUGUGGGUUGAACGGAUCAAACCGUGUAGGUGAUGACAUGUGUAUCGAACCUGAAACUAAUCUUACCAUCCGUUUCUUGGAUAGAAACCUUUUUCCAAAUGGGGCUUACCUAGACUUAUGGGACUCGAGUAAUGUGUCAGCAAAGUGCAUGGAAAUAGGUUGUUUUGUACUUCAUAAUAAUUGGAUUAGUGGGAGACAAAAGAAACUAGAACGCCAGGUAUCAUCGGGACUAUGGGAAUAUGAUAUGAGCACAAGGAUGUGUUUGAUGAGCUGGCAAAUAUCGAGACCUGUUAGCUAUUUUUGAACAAAUAUUGUUCGUAUUAGAAAAUCUUUGUUCUAUGGGCUGAAAAAGAUCAUUGCUGAAAAAUCGAUGUUUACAAAGAUAUGCUACAUGCCAAACAAGUAGCUGCUAAAACUUUGGUUUUAUCAUAUGAGCCGGCCAGAGAAAAAGAAAUAAGACGAAACAAAAUGAGAUAAAAAAAGGGUUUGGUGGUUUAUAAUGGUUUAAUCCAGCAUCAGUAUGACUUUACUUUUUUGAAAUGCUUAAGGGAUGUAUUCAUUCCCUCUUUGGAGUCCGGUCACUGGACCCGAAAGAGUCAAGAAAUCCAAAAUUGGUUAAAAGUGCUUCCUUUUCAUCUGGGAAUAGUCUAAAGUCAAGGGAAUUUUGUGUUAGAGUUGUUCAUGCUGGCGGCAAAGAAGAUCUUUAUCAAAAUCCUGUAGUGGUUUCUCAAUUAAUUAAAAGCUAUCCCGGGAUGUGCUUUGCGUGGCCGGAGGUUUUCAAGAACCCUGAUGAAAGUGUUUUAUCAGCAACAGAUCUACUCUUGCCUGGCCAAAAGUACUAUUUAGUCCCUCUAACGACAUUACAGAAGCUGAAAAAGAAACAGUUGGCCAGAAAGAAAAAAUCAACCGGAAAAACAGAUGCUGAUGAGUCUGAUGAUUCGGUUUGUUCAGCAAAAGAUUACUAUGUUUCAAGUGAGAAGCAGUCCAGAUGUUUAGUUAAGAAACAUAUACAGUCAAAGCGAAAACUUGUGCCGCCAGUCAAAAAGUCAAAAUCAUGGCGGGGAUCUGACUGGGAGCCUAGUUUAACAUCCAUCCAAGAACUCUCUCCAUGAAUGAUCCGAUUUGAAACACAUGAAACUGGUAUGUAGUUUUAUGAAUAUAAACUGCAAACUGUAAUUGCUUUAGCUGCUUUUGCUAUGUAACCUUUACCCAUUUUCUAAGUCUACAACAUUUUACAUUAAUGGGAGUUUGUUAUCAUGCUUGUUUUAA